CCGCCGCCAGUUCGAGCGGGCACGGGCACGGGGACACCCCACUCGUUGCUCCUGCGUUGUGGAAAGGUGUUGAGCAGACUUUUACGCCCGGAGUGUGGGGUUUGCACUUCAUUCUUUUCCUUCCCCCCUCUUCCCCAAAGCAAGAUGGACUCUAUUGCCUUUCUCUUUCUCCCUCUACCUCUGUCUUGUCAGCCUUUAAGAUCGACAUUUUGUACUAAGAUGCAAACUUGAGGGUGACCAGCAACAAAGCCUGGGUGGGAUCCCUCCCUCCCUUUCUCCCUCGGCGUUUCCUAGCUUCCCCCACCCCGACCUCGCCGACCUGGUGGCCUGCGCUGGCUGUCGUGGGCUCUGGAGAAUGUGUGUUUCCCCAGGUCGACUCCGAUCUCCAGUCUCGGGAGUGUGACCCAGCCAGGCUGUUGGGAGCUGGCUGUGGCCGCCCAGGUCUGCAGGUCUGAGGGCUGUGAUACCUGGACCCGCUCACUGCUGCUGCCGUGGCUUCUCAGGCUGGCUGGUUCCUGGGCACAGCGAGGCACGGAGGAGGAGUGCCUAUCGAUCUUUAUGAUUUGGUUACUGGUGUAUUUGCCCAGGGGGUGGUGAUCACUUGUGCAAGUUGAUGAAUGAUCGUGAUCUGUGGGGCUUUGCCGUUGAGAACGGAUCAACUUUCUGCUUUGUACCGGCAGGGAGUAGGAAGCAGGGUUCUGGGGGAAACCUCGGAAGGCCAGGUGGGCUGCCCCCACCCGCUUUGAAUAAGCCAAGAUGCUUUCCCUUUCUGCCCUUGCAGCUCUUGCAGGGAGGAGGGUGGAGACAGGCAAGGGGUUGUCGUGGAGCUGGACUCCUGGGUUUUGUGUCCUUCCACGUAGCACUGUACUCUUGUAAAGCCUUCCCAUCCUGAUGAUGUGCCUUUAUUUGCUACUUAUAGGUCACUCUCAUACGACAAAGGCUUUGCUGCAGUUCAUCUUCCUUCCUGUGUACCUCCCUCCCAUUUACCUUCUUGGAGAAUCCUGCUGCAUCACAGAAGCCAGAAGUUCUGAUGUUCCAUUGAAAUCACAAUGGAAAGUCUUGACCUGACUGGCACCCUCAGGAAGACCCCAGGCCUCUAGCAGAUGGUAUCAGCUCCAGCAUGUUGUAGAUGUGGAGGAUUCCCUGGGAUAUUGAGAAAUACCAGAGGCGAAUUGUUCCACUGUAGUAAGUCACUCAGCAUUUAUAUAGUUACAGUGAUGAAAGGCAGUAAUAGAAAUAAAGAUCAUUCAACGGAAGGAGAAGGGGCUGGAAAACGACCAAAACGGAAGUGUCUUCAGUGGCAUCCGUUGCUAGCCAAGAAACUUCUUGACUUUUCAGAAGAGGAGGAAGAAGACGAGGAAGAGGAAGAUAUUGAUAAAGUUCAACUUCUUGAGGCGGAUGGCCUAGAGCAAGAUGUUGGUGAGACUGAAGACGAUGAGUCACCAGAGCAGCGAGCCCGGAGACCAAUGAACGCAUUUCUUUUAUUUUGCAAGCGCCAUCGCUCCCUUGUCCGACAGGAACACCCAAGGCUCGAUAACCGAGGUGCUACCAAGAUUCUAGCUGAUUGGUGGGCUGUUCUUGAUCCAAAGGAAAAGCAGAAAUAUACAGACAUGGCCAAGGAGUAUAAAGAUGCAUUUAUGAAAGCAAAUCCUGGCUACAGAUGGUGUCCUACUACAAACAAGCCUGUAAAAUCUCCAACACCCACUGUCAAUCCACGGAAGAAACUUUGGGCCUUCCCAUCUGACUCUUCAAGAGACUUGCCAACCCCCAAGAAGGCAAAGACGGAAGAAAUUCCUCAGCUUAACUUUGGAAUGGCUGAUCCUACUCAGAUGGGAGGCCUGAGCAUGCUGCUGUUAGCUGGAGAACAUGCUCUUGGAACGGCAGAGGCAUCCACUGGGCCUUGCAGGCCUGAUGUUUCAGAGUCACCUGAGUUGCGUCAGAAGUCACCACUGUUUCAGUUUGCUGAGAUAUCUUCAAGGACAUCCCAACCUGAUGGUCCUUCAAAACAGUGUCAAGCAUCAGCUUUGUUUCAGUUUGCAGAGAUCUCUUCAAGCACUUCACAGUUGGGUGGUGCUGAGCCCGUGAAACGCUGUGGGAAUUCUGCACUCUUUCAACUGGCAGAGAUGUGUCUGGCAUCAGAGGGGAUGAAAAUGGAAGAAACAAAACCCAUAAAAUCAAAAGAAUCAGAUGGUGGGAGAAUUAAAGAAAUGGAAAAAGGGAAGGAAGAGAGAGACAUAAAAUUGGAGAAAAACAAUGAAUCUGGGUUCCAGAAAGAAGUAGAAUUUGAGAAAUCAUCUAAGGAAAAUAUAAGGGAGUCUAAGGACUUAAGACACUUUGAGGAGCUACAAAUGGAUAAUGUAAUGGCUAUAAAAAUGGAAGACCCCAAAGAAAUUAGAAAGGAAUCAGAGGACGAUCAGAAAUAUGGUCAUUUCCCUGAUUUUUCUUACUCUGCCAGUAGCAAGAUAAUAAUUAGUGAUGUCCCCAAUAGAAAGGAUCACAUGUGCCACCCUCAUGGAAUUAUGAUCAUUGAGGACCCCACCACACUAAACAAACCAGAAAAGAUCAAAAAGAAAAAGAAGAAAAACAAACUGGAUCGGCAUGGAAAUGACAAAUCCACACCCAAGAAGACCUGCAAGAAGAGGCAGUCUUCAGAAUCCGACAUUGAGAGUGUCAUGUACACCAUAGAAGCUGUUGCAAAAGGAGACUGGGGUGUUGACAAACUUGGAGAAACCCCAAGAAAGAAGGCCCGCCCCUCAAGUGGCAAGGGAGGCAUUUUGGAUGCCAAGCCACCAAAGAAAAAAGUGAAAUCGAAAGAGAAGAAGGUUUCCAAGGAAAAGUGCUCAGACAUCACCAAAGAGUCACGACCUCCAGAUUUCCUUAAUAUUUCUGCCAGCAAGAACACUCCUGGGGAGGUGCCAGAGGGCAUAAAAGCAGAACCAUUGACCCCCACAGAGGAUGCACUGCCACCUAGCCUACCAGGACAGGCCAAGCCUGAGGACAGUGACUGUCACAGAAAAACAGAGACCUGUGGCUCCAGGAAAUCGGAGAGGUCUUGCAAAGGUGCUCUUUAUAAAACCCUGGUGUCAGAGGGCAUGCUCACCUCCCUGCGAGCUAAUGUUGACAGAGGGAAACGAAGCUCAGGAAAAGGAAAUUCCUCUGAUCACGAAGGGUGUUGGAGUGAAGAGAGCUGGACAUUUAACCAGAGUGGGACCAGUGGGAGCAAGAAGUUUAAGAAGAAGCUAAGGGAAGACUCCUUCCUUGGUUCCGCAAAGCUGGAUGAGGAAUUUGAAAAGAAAUUCAACAGCCUCCCUCAAUAUAGUCCUCUUACAUUUGACCGGAAAUGUGUAUCUAUUCCAAGGAAAAAGAAGAAGACUGGAAACAUGUCCUCCGAAUCGACUAAAACCAGCAAAGGUCCUUUCCAGUCUCAGAAAAAGAACUUAUUCCACAAAAUUGUCAGCAAAUAUAAGCACAAAAAGGAGAAGCCUAAUGUUCCAGAACAAGGAAGUGGGGAUAAAUGGUCACACAAGCAGUUCUUCUUGGAUUCCAUUCACCCUACAGAAGCCAUAUUUUCAGAAGACAAAAACACCACAGAGCCUGCUUAUAAGGUUAAAAAUGCCCUGUCCAUUCCCAACACUGCAGAGCCAGCAGCAAUGCAAGAACCUUUGGUGGGCAGCCAAAAGAGAAAAGCAAGGAAAACAAAGAUCACACACCUUGUCAGGACUGCAGAUGGCCGAGUAUCACCAGCAGGAGGUACCUUGGAUGACAAACCAAAGGAGCAACUGCAGAGGAGUCUCCCUAAAGUAACCGAGACAUACUGCGGUGAUGAUUGCCCACACAAUACGGUUGAGGAGCCACGGAGCACUACUCCAGAAAUGCCUGCUGUGUCUGCAUUCUUCAGCCUCGCUGCACUGGCUGAGGUUGCAGCCAUGGAGAAUGUGCACAGAGGUCAGAGGUCAACUUCGCUCACCCAUGAUGGACAGCCAAAAGAAAUGCCACAGGCUCCUGUACUUAUUUCUUGCGCUGACCAGUGAAGCGCCCUUUAAUUGUAAAACAUUGUGCUUUACCUACUACCCUAGCCUUGUCUUUACCAGGGAUGCUGGCGAGUCCACGUGGUGGGAAGUACAGACUGCGGACAAGUGCUUGCUGCCCCACACGGCCCAGAAUCACUUGAAGCAGAACUUAGCAUUCUGGGACCAUUUGUUGUUUCAGAAGCCACAGUUUUUGAGGGCAGUGUUACUGUGUGAUACUGAGCAAAAGCAAAGUGAUUUGGACCUUUGCUUUGCAUGGAAGAAAGGCUUUUGAUGGUGACCAGUGAUAACUUGGUAAAAGGCUGCCUUUACUGUAGCUCAUCCAGCAUCUCUUUUACCAACCAGAGAGUGUGAAACUAGUUUCAUAUAUUACCUAGUUAUUCUUUCAAAACAAAAAAACCCUGACGCACUGCACUAGUUAUUAUUAGAUAUUCUUAGUCUUUUGUACAUGAAGAUUUAAGUUCUAAGAUGGUUUAUAUAAUAGGUUAUACCUACAUUUAUAUUGUAGAAUAAAUAUUAAAAAGCCUGUACCAGAGACUCCCAAGCAGCAUGGUCAGGCAGACGUACCAUUGUUAGCGGUGUAUGCUCGGCCUUGUGGUCCAUAUAUUCUGCACUUUUAUAUUUGCCACCAGAAUGGUAGUGGUAGUUUGCUGGCAGAGAUGGAGAGAGAGAGAGAGAGAGAGAGAGAGAGAGAGAGAGAGAGAGAGAGAGAGAGAGAGAGAUUGAUUGAUUUUGAGAUCGAGAAAGAGACUAUUACAAUUCUUACAAUCUGAAUUUUUUCUUAGCCUUGAGUGACCAAGAAGAAUUUGCUUGGGGCAAAUUGUGGCAAAUAUUUUCCCAGACAGGGGAAGCAUCCUGCAGAUUACAGAUUACUGAUGUUUUCAUGCCUUGAGGAUUCUUUUAUUUUUACACAGGGGUCUAAGUGACCGAUGGAUCGUUCAUACAAACAAACAAAAAAAAGACAAAAAUAUUAUUCAGAAGUGACCUUAGUAUUACUUCAUUAUUCUAAACACAUUGAAGAUGCUCACUUCACAUGGACUUGGAGCUUCAGACCUUUUACAUCCAUCACAGACAGACUGGACGGGUUGCAAUUGCUAUGCACGGCCUAAUAGGCACCGCAGGUUUUAGGAGCCAUUUGGAGUUUGUGUUGUUGAGGAGGUAUUGAGUAAACGAGGGGGGAGGUGUUUGAAGUGUGCCUCUCAGUCAGAUCCACCUACAAGUUUCUGUUUCCUUUUCAUGUUUUGUUGCUUUUAAGCAUAAAACCAACCAUAUGCCAGUGCCAAGUGGAUUAACUGGCUUACAACAUUCAACAUAUUGACUUAACCACCUGACGUUCACAGUGUCUUGUUUCCUAGCAACAAAUGCAAAGUGAUACAUCAAAAUUAAUCUGAGGCUACAGAUUUUACAGGGUAUUUGUUCCAUAGCACAAAGUAUUUCCCCACUCUUGAAUCACAGCACAAACUACCAAAUUUUAAUUUUUAGAUCCCAGCAAUAAUUUUUAAUAGUUUUCAAACAGGUGGAGUUUUGAUAGUCCUAGCUGGAAUUUGAAGCUUUUGAAUUAGAUCUCUAAAUGGUGACAGUUUACAUGGUUUUAUCUAGCUUUCUUAUUUAUACUUGACUGAAUUGUAAUGAUUUUUUUUUCUAAUUGUAAUUUGACCUAAUAGCCAUAUAAAAUGACUCUAUUAAUAUUGUCUAGGUCUAGCUUCUCAUGGUUGUAGAUAUUACUUCAGUUCCGGUGCUGGAAAAUAUGUACAACAAUACUAACAGAAUAGAAAAAGAUAGAGGUUUGUUUUGUUUUGUUGUUAUCUUUCCAAAGCAGGUAGGGAGGGCAGCAGAGUAUUAAAAUUGUGUCCUCCAAAACUGAUGUUCAUUGUGGGGAUGGAGGAACCAGGAAAGAGUAAAAAGUAAAUCAGUAGGUAUAGCUUAACCCCAUUCACAUAGAAAUAAAUCAAGUGAAUAGCCCCAGAUUUUAGAAUACUAUUUUUACUAUAACUGUUUUAAUAAUAUUUUCUAAAUUUCAAACAAAAAAAGUGAAUGUUUGGAAAUUGCUGGGUCCUGAUGUUGGUGGCUGUUGGAGUUUUGGACCACUUGUUAGCAGUGAUUUUAAACAUGAUAAUUAGCUAAAACCCAAAAAUUAAUAACAAAAGUAGAAAACCAACAAUUGCAUUGGUGCAGAACAUGCAUCUUGACAAUGGUACUAACUUGUUAUUCUCUAGAAUACGUUAGAAUAGAUCUAUUUUUGCCAGAGCACCCUCCUUCAGUCUGCCGAGUACAUUUCACUAGAGUCCCUUAAGAGAUUGCUGUAUAUUCCUGAGACCUUUUUUAAAAACGAAGCAAACAAGAGAGAACUUUUUUUCUACGUGGUUAAUAUCUUACCUGGUCUGCUUUUCCUGAACCCCAGUGGCUUUUCCCUUAGGCAGGGUGGGGAUGGGAGGGACUUACUGGAUAUGACUGUUUUCAGAUACUUUAAAACAACAACAAAACCUUUUUGUAGAAGUGCUUAAUUUUUAAGUGAUUAGGCACCAAGAGUAGCAGAAAUCCUGCAAAGCUUUAUAGUUCUGAGUGAGGUCUUGAUUUCAGUAGCUGUGCUUCUCUUGCCCCGAAUCUGCUGGAGAGGGGUGUUGGUAUUUUCAGGUAACAUUUGUUAGCACAAAUCCUUCAGUCCGUUACGUUGUACUCCACUGCAUUAGCAGCAGCAUCUUCAUUUCACUUCUCUCCUUCUGGAAACUGGUAUCACUGUAUCCAUCUGAUGUGUACUUACAAUCUGCCAGCAAGCACCAUCCACACUAACAUUUGUCUCAUAGCAUCCUCAAGAAAACAAGUCGUUGCACCUUAUGUAUAUCUCAAGCAAACCAAAAUACAAUAUUCUGCUUUGUUAUAUUUUCAAUUGUUGUAGCAUAUCUUUCUGAAACCACUUUGCAUUUAGUUGAAAUUGUCAGUAUUUAUGCUUUUAACCUUAAUUUCUGGAUUCCAACCUGUAUAUAAAUCUCCUUUUGAAAGUUGUCCUUGCCCUUCUCUGCAGUGAUGGAGUGGGAGGUUCUGUCUCAGGUGCAGACAUAGGACUCUUCCAGUGUUCUGUAGCCUUUUAUUUAUUUUAGGUAUUCUGGUAUUUCCAAUGUAAUUCUGAAGUGUCCAGAGUAUAUUAUAGUAACUAAAUCUGCAGCUCUUAAGCUGAGUGAAAGAAAAAAUACUGUAAGACAUCCUUGAAGUUUUGUUUAUUUGGUUACUGUAGAUGAGAUCAGGGGAAAGGAAAAAAAAAAAGUCCACAGCCACAUUGGAAACUAUAGGUUCUUGUCCCCAAAUUAGGUUAGUCUCAGAUGGUGGAUCAAAACUCUUCAUUCAUUCAAUCCCCUCCUGAGUGAUCUUGUCAUUCUGGCAGCCUUUUCCCACAAGUGUUAGAAAUUAUUUAAUUUUAUCAGAUGUUGCCUGGAAGCCAUGCUGAAAUAAUUCCCAUAUUAUCAUUGUUAUUCUCCUUCCUGCCUGUACAGUUACUAGGGGAAAAUGAUGGCAACACUGUAUGUGCAAAGGAGCAUCUGAACCCGUCGAGAUUGGAGUCCAAUGUGUUGAUUCCCCAUUGUUUUCUUAAAGUCAGAUGCUUUGCUAAGUCAUAAAAAAUGUAUUUGCACUCUGCAGUCUUUGGCUCAGCGUACGGAAGUGUUUGCACCAAUGUAAAAUCUCAAGCAAAUUAUAAAUUGCUAUGGAACAGACAUUAGCUGAAAACUGAAUGACAUGUUUUGUUUAUAGGGUGGGGUGGGGAAUACUACAUAGCUCUGUUCCAAGCUUGGCAUUUGAUGUUAAUGUGAAGCAGUGGGACCAUGCUGCCUGCUAAACUACUGUAUGUGUCCUAAGUGUUCUGAAGACCAGCAGCUGGAGGCUGGAGGACAGCACCCAUUCAACGAGGAGAAGCACCACCGCCGCUUCCUCGGGGAGAGGAAGGAAAUCAGGGGAGGCCUGGCAUUACCACUUGUAAGGGAAAUGUUGGGGUGUACAUGAUGCUGUUGAGAUUCACCUUUGAUUGCACUGCUCCACAGAGCCCUCAGAUAAGGCCAAUCCUCAUGGGCUACCUCGGCUUCCAAAGUUAUUUCAGUAAGUCUGUCUUUCGCUUCUACCUUCAGUGCCACGAUUUUCCACUGCAGUGUUUGGACUUCACAAACCGGCUUCUCCAGAGAGAACAUCCUCUUGUUGAAAUGAGCAGUAGGAGCAAGUGCUUAUCACCUUUGACCUGUUCAAGUGUUUGGAGUGACUGCUAGGUGGAAAUUGAAUUUAGUUUCUCCCCACACAUCCUUGUCUUGCACUUUAUGCAAAGUGUACUAAUUGCUAAUUAGAUGUUUCUGUUUAUACAGGCAUUCCCAAAGAGUUAGACUGGACUUGGUUUUAUUUGAGUUUGGGGAUUGUUAAAGUCUUACUUAGAUUAACUAACAACAUGUGUGUAAUGAAAACAGAAGCAGCUGUGUAGUUCACGGAACCAUGAAUCUGUUUGAUGGACUACUUUGCUUGUGUUUGGAAGCGAUAGCUUCGUUCGUUCAUACUCUAUGCUGAAGGACUGUCCUUCACAGUGGGGACGUUAUUACCUUCUUACAUUUCAGAACAAAGAGGCAACAGAAGUGAAUGACAUCCGUUUGACUUCUUUGUGUAUCUGCACCUCUCUGUGCUACCCCUUCCUUCAAAUAUAUUACUAUACAUUAUGAGGAGGGGCAAGUUUCCUCUUUUGACCAAAUUCUAUCUGUGGUGGUGUGAUUUUUACUGAUAAAGUCACAGGAGGAACUUUGUAGUUCAAAGUUCUGUGGCCUUUGUUUUGUUUUGCUUUGGUUUUUUUUGUUUGUUUGUUUGUUUGAUUGAUUGAUUUUUUUUUUCUUGGCAGACAGUGGUCAGACUGAUCAUGCCUUCAAAUUGAUUUUCAUGCACAGAACUAGUUUUUGUGAACAUUACUACUACUUCCAAAGAUUUUCUGAUAACUUGGGCCAGAACUGGUGACUGGGUAACAAGGAUCUGAUCGAAUGCCUCCAAACCCACCCACAACACGAAUCUUACCUCACAAGCUCUAACCUAAAUCAUAGAGACACUCAUGUUCCAUGGAAUGUCACUGACUUCUCUGUUGCUCGCCAGAAGGUGUUGCUCUUGUCUCCUGACUCCUCACGUUAGUGCCUCGGCUCUUGGAGCAGCAGAACCUAGGGUCGGGAAGCCUGGGGACCUUGAGCUUAGUGAUUGCUCAACCACAUUUUCAUGUCAUUAGCACUAAGCAAGCCUCUGACUCUCAGGAAUUUGUCAAAAGGUUGAUGAAACCUCCUGAGAGUCCACACACCAGGUUAUACCCUGGUUGUCAUAGGUUUGAAUUGCUUAUUUACAUGUCAUAAAUUAACCACAGCUUCAGUUGACCCCAGGUCUUUAGUCUGUUGACAGUUUCAGCAUGACUGAUUCGCUCAUUUUGUUUUAUUUUUAUUUUUAUUUUAUUUUAUUUUAUUUUGCUUUGGAAAUUGGCUUGGUUCUCUUUAGAGUUGGUGUAAACAUGCCAUGUAAUAAAUGAUUUCCAGUUAAUGGUACAACAGAAUUAUUGCUUUCUUAGAUGUAUGUGUAGUAAAAGUCAAUAUACACAUUUAUAUAAUUUCUUCAAAAUCUUAUACCUAAUUUGAUAUUUCUAAAAAUUGCACAUGUAAGUCAUGUGUAUAACAUGCUAAAGUACUUUAACUGUGAUCUUAAAACAAUAAAAAUAUUUAAUAAAAAUUUGAAAUAUUUUAAA